GAAAAUAUAUUUUAUUUCUAUUUAAACAAACAUUUUUUUGUUUAUUUUUGGAUGGAAAUCACAUUAUUACAAAGAAUGAAACAUCAGAAUCAGCAGAUUUGAUGCUUUUUGCUUCUCUAAAAAUCUGCUCAGAAAAAGGAGGAAAUGGAUCUUGACAUGUUGGCUCCUUACAUCUCCGGGGACGAUGACCUUUCUCAACACUUUACCUGAGGAAAGCAUCAAAGCUGUGUCUGAAAGGUCAUCCAGGAAAAGACUUUAACGGCAAAUGCACGCUAGGUGGCGCACAUAGGAAACGCACAACAACGGGCAAAAAUGGGAGAGAGGCGCCGAAGAAGAAGGAUUCGGGUCACGUGGUACUUCUCAAACCCGGAAGAGAGCCGCUUUUACAAAAACAAAUCAGCUUUGGAAGAAGCUGACUAAACAACGUACUCUUAUCGAGAUGGAGGACACACUUUUUCAAUUACGGUUUACAUCAAAACAGCUGGAGAGACUGUCCAAGAAGGCAGAAAAAGAGUCUGAGAAGGAGCAGGCAAAGGUCAAGAAGGCUCUGCAGCAGAAGAAUGUGGAAUGUGCCAGAGUAUACGCUGAGAACGCCAUUCGGAAAAAGAAUGAGGGUCUUAAUUGGCUGCGUAUGGCAUCACGAGUCGAUGCAGUGGCUUCUAAGGUCCAGACUGCGGUCACUAUGAAAGGAGUGGCCAAAAAUAUGGGCCAGGUCACCAAGGCCCUGGACAAAGCUCUGAACAGCAUGGACCUCCAGAAAGUCUCUGCUGUCAUGGACAAGUUUGAAACCCAAGUUCAGAACCUGGAUGUCCACACCUCCGUCAUGGAGGAUUCCAUGAGCUCAGCAAUGACGCUAACUACACCUCAGGAGCAGGUGGAUGAUCUCAUCCACCAAAUAGCAGAAGAGGGUGGGCUGGAGGUGAUGGACCAGCUCAACCAGCUGCCUGCGGGUGCCUCCUCACUAGGAGGGGAGAGCACACGGAGCCAGGACAAGGAGGACCUGCUGACUCGACGGUUGGCGGCUCUCAGGAACUGAAGGCUGCAGGAGUCCGCUCCACGGCAGCCGCUUGGAUCCGUCUGCAUCUGCAGCGGUGGCAGGAAUUGUGUGUGUGUUUCCACCGAACUGCUUCUAAAGGAAGACCGUUGGUGAAUUGAUUACCAUCCUCCUCUCUACUAUAAAUAAAUGUACACAAACGCUGCAACUAGAAACACCAUCUGAGAGGGCAAGGGGCGUCUUUCUGGUUCACCCUACUCGUUUCGAUCCAUUCCCUCUUUCCUCUCAGUUUCAUAUCAUUUUACUUCUGCUCGAUUCUUCUAAAAUCAUUUGGUUAUAAAUGGUGUACAAAGACAAAUGUUUUAAUGAGGUUUUAAAAACUUGUAAGUCUCUGGAUGUCACAUGCUGGUGUUGGAAUGUUUUCAAUCACUAAAACCACCAGAAUCUGCUGCAUUUGUUCAAUUUCCUUUAUCAGAUUUGAUUUUUUUUUCUUAACACUGAAAACAAAAACAAGACACUUUUUCACAUUUGCUAUAUAUAUUUUUUUCCGUUAUGUUUAUUCCGACUUGUUUUAGAUUAUUCUCCUGAUUCCCGUUUCUCUGCUUUGAAAGCCUUAUUUUGGGGAUGCAUGUGCUCGUGUAGAUGCUUCCUCCCUCAGUGCCUGAAAGACGGCCGCACAGAUGGGGAGCUCUGGUUGCAGUCAUGGAUACUUCUCAUCUCCCCGUCUGCAGCCUGGUCACUCAAACUACACUAAAACCUCAUCAAGAUAUCUUUUUUUAAAUUCCAUCCUGAGGAUAUCUUUAGGCGUAGAUCUGGAAAAGUUGUUUUUGCAGGAGCUGUGAGUGUAGAGAUCAGGUAAAUUGCAGCUCAUAAAGGUCGCCGCAGAAUCGGAAUGGUUUUAUUUCAAAGGAACUACUCCGUCUUUUGGUUUUGCUUGUUGUGCAUCGCCAGCUUUAAGAGGUUUCACUGUGUCGGUGACCGUUGCUGUCAGACACGGGCGUGGUCACACUACCACCCUACCGUGACCGAGAAGCUUGGAGGAAGUUUUCCUUUUAUCACAGGAGAAGUUAUUUAUAUGCGAGUUCUGCAGAGUCCAGCACUUUUGUUUUUGUAUAUUGUGGAAAUAAAAUUAUGCCCUCUCAC